UAGAUGGCCUUAGGAAACCACAGCACCAUCACGGAGUUCAUCCUCCUUGGGUUGCCAGCUGACCCCGACAUCCAGGCAUUGCUCUUUGUGCUCUUCCUGGGGAUUUACCUCCUGACCCUAAUGGGGAACCUAAUGAUGCUGCUGGUGAUCAGGACUGAUUCCCACCUCCAAAAACCCAUGUAUUUCUUCCUGAGUCAUCUCUCCUUCGUGGAUCUUUGCUUUUCUUCAGUCACCGUGCCCAAGCUUCUGGAGAACUUACUGUCUAAAACAAAAGUCAUUUCAAAAGAGGGAUGUCUGAUUCAAGCGUUCUUUGUGCUUGACAUUGGAGGAACAGAAGUUUUACUGCUGUCUGCCAUGGCCUAUGACCGCUAUGCCGCCAUCUGCCACCCUCUGCUCUAUGGCCAGAUGAUGAGCAGCCAGGUGUGCGUGAGGCUGGUAUGGGCUUCAUGGAGCCUGAGUUUCCUGGAUGCAGUUAUCAACAUCCCCCUGGCUACGGACUUGAACUUCUGUGAGACCCGUACCAUCUCUCACUACAGCUGUGAGCUGCCCUCUCUCUUCCCUUUGUCCUGCUCUGAUGUCACCAGCAAUGUCACUGUCCUGGUCAUCUCUUCACUCCUGCAUGGCUUUGGAACAUUCUUACUGAUCUUCAUCUCUUAUGCUCUCAUUGCGUCCACUAUCCUGAGCAUCAGCACCACCACAGGCAGAAGCAAGACCUUCUCCACCUGCUUCUCCCACCUUGUCACAGUGAGCUUCUUCUAUGGAUCUGCUCUCCUCCGUUAUCUCCUGCCAACCUCAGGCUCACCUCUGGAACUCAUCUUCUCCAUACAGUAUGGUGUGGUCACUCCUCUAGUGAAUCCCCUCAUCUAUAGCCUGAAAAACAAAGAAGUAAAGGCAGCUCUGAGAAGAACUUUGGAGAAAUGUUUGCAAUGGCAUAGGUAG